GACCAGGAAGCCAGCAGUGACAUCACUUUCCAGAAAUCCCCCUUUGGUGCCGUUUGAGCGACGAGGAGACAAACAGAGGGACCCGACCUGAAAAAGGAGAGCGUGCCGCUGUCUGAGCUUUUUACGAGUGUUUCAGCUGAUCUUGUAAACCAGGAGAUUAAAGGAUGUCUCUGUAUCCAUCCCUCGAGGACCUCAAGGUCGACAAGGUCAUCAGGGCCCAGGCCCAGUUUGCCCAGACCACCACCCCCAUGCCAGCCAUCACUGAGGGAACCUACCAGGCACAGCCUACCAUGGCUGCCAUGCCAGCAUCAGGCCUGUAUCCAAACCUGGAGGAGCUGGGAGACUACAUGGGUCUGGCUCUUAACAGUGAUGAAGUGCAGAGGAACCUGGCCCUGGUGCCUGUGGCUGACAAUCAAGUAGCAUUGCCCGCCACCUCGGGUAUCGGCGGGAUGGUCCGGCCCGUGACGGGGGCGGACGUCGGCAUCAGGAGGGCGGAGAUCCGCCCCGGCCUGCGAGAGAUUAUUCUCUGUAAGGACCAGGACGGGAAGGUGGGACUCCGGCUGAGAGCCAUCGACAAUGGAGUAUUUGUCCAGCUGGUGCAGGCUAACUCCCCUGCGGCCCUUGCCGGGCUGCGUUUCGGGGAUCAAGUCCUUCAGAUCAAUGGGCAGAACUGUGCCGGCUGGAGCGUGGACAAGUCCCACAAGGCCCUGAAGGCUGCGGCCGAAACCCGCAUCGAGCUCGUGGUCAGGGACAGGCCAUUUCAGCGCACCGUCACCAUGCACAAAGACAGCUCGGGCCACGUGGGCUUCAUCUACAAGUCCGGUAAAAUCACCUCACUGGUCAAGGAUGGCUCUGCUGCCCGCAACGGCCUGCUGACUGAUCAUUACAUCUGUGAAAUCAACGGACAAAACGUUAUUGGACUCAAGGAUUCUCAGAUCAAGGACAUUCUGACCACCUCCCCGACCGCCAUGACCAUCACCAUCAUGCCAAAGUUCGUCUAUGAACACAUGAUCAAGAGGAUGUCCACCGGUCUUCUGCGGUCAGCCAUGGAUCACUCUGUCCCAGAGGUGUGAAGACGAGGAAGGGGACUGUAAAACUGUCAGGAUGUCUUCAAUACAGAGAUACCUGUCUCUCUCUCUUUUCCGUGCUCAUCCGUAUGUCUCUCUCUCUCUCUUUCUGUCUUCAUACCAAACCUGCGUCACAAUCAUCAAUGGCGCCAUCUCUCACCUUAACAUAACCUUUAAAAGCCUUUCUGUUUUUCUACUCUUCAGCUGUUCGUUAUGUUCUUUACCUUUUCAAGAUUUGUCUUCAUCUCUGUUGACAUUUCUGUAUGUUAACCUCAUAGUCUGAGUAUCAUGUUUAUUUUCACGUUUUUGUGUUUUUUGAAAUCAAGGACAGUUAAAAAAAAAAGUUUUUUUUAAACCACACACACCAUCAUGAGUCCAGAGCUUCCUCCUCAUUGUGGAGAUGAAUCAUUGACACGUGACUUUUCAUCUUGUCAGAAUGCUGUAAAAGCCAACAGUCAUCGGAGUCCUACCAUAUAGAUUACGGCUGUGCUCCCGGUCCCUUAAAUGUGUAAAUUACCUGAGCUGAAUUAACACCCCGGGCCUCGCCCUCGUACGUGAAAAUGCUUGCUUGACUUCAUUCUAGAUUCCAGUGUACAGUCAUUUUUACCCGGCCAGUAAAACUAACGUUCAAGUUUUAACAAAGAUUUUAGUUUAAAUUAGUGUCGAUUUCUUUGUUUUUGUGCAUACCCAACAUCCACGCUCACUGGAUUUUAACAUCUAAGUGACAAGUUGCAACAUCUCAUAGGGUUGGCGAUGUAUCAUUGUACCACAUUUCCUGUCUCUGCGGGCAGAUGUUACCAUGACACUCUGACUGAGUGUUGAAUUUGUAGGUACUGGGAACACUGUGCACAUUCCAUGGGGGAGGGGGGAAGUGUAGGGAUGUUUGUUGCCGUUUGCAGCUGGGACUUAACCCUGUCCACAAAACGCUGUAAGAGCUACGAGUUGGGUGUAAAGGCACAAGUAAAGCGAGAUCACAGUGCAGUACGUGACGACGUGAUAGUUGAAAAUUGUUUGUCGGUCUUGUGCUUCGCAAAUUAAUUUUCAAAGGAACCGUUGGUGUUUGUUUGGACAGGGUCUGUGCUGGGCAGACCCACUAAGUGCACUUUCCACUACCUUUUUUUAAAGAGGUUGUCUUUCCUGUAUCCAUUUCAACAGUGAAGUUCAACAGUUGUGCUUUUUUUUUUUUUUUACUAUUAUUGUGUUUGUGGUGCCUCAUGUUAACGAGAGAACUCAUGAAAACAAACGUGUACUUUAAAAAAUAGGAAACGACUUUCAAAUUCCACAUCAUGAGUUUAGCCAGCGAACCUGCUCUCCUCUGCUGCGUGUCGUUGGAGGACGUCCCUCUGUAAUAUUCCUUCCCUGAUUGAUGAGCUCAGUGAGAACGAGCAGAGCCUUCAGUUGUGAAUUUCUACUUGUUAUAUAAAGUUGCUCCUUUUAAUGCUGUUCAUGUUUGGAUGCAUGUAUUCCUUUAAUUUUCUAGGUAUGCAAUCUGAUAAACAUCACUGUCAUUCUGUAAGAAAAUGCUAGAAAAAUCUAAAAGUUUAUAUACGAAUGUAACCGAGAUAAUAUUGUAAAAGAAAUAAAACAGUCUUUCUGUUCACGUCA